UUGGAGAAGUGCAAAGCCAGCAUCCACUUUAUUGUCUGCAUAAGCAUACAGGGACACGAAGAGGAAUUAAGCGCCAAGAGUUGGAGGCGAUGUCGUGGUGGAAAUCCAAGUCGCACCUCAACGCCGACAGCCAGGACUCGAGCUCCGACGACGUGUACCGCGGAGGCAAGGAACGCUCGCCGUCGCGUCGCAAGAAGUCCGACGAAGACGAGGAGGAGUACCGCCCAUACGCAGGCUACGGAGCCAACACCAACCGCGGCGGGGCCAACGAAGGCGGCGGCGGCUACAACGGUGGUUACGGCGGCGGGGCCGGCGGCUACAACAACGGCUACAGCGGCGGUGGCCCGUACGGCAACGGCAACGGCGGUAUCACGCCCUACAACGGCGGUGGUGGCGGCUACAACAGCAACUCUUCGUACGGAAACGGCGCCGGAGGCUACAGCAACAACUCUUCCUACGGCAACGGCGGCGACGGGUACAACAACGCUCCCAGCUGGGCAUCCCAGGACGCCGCCGGCCGGACGCCGAUGUACAUAAACACCAGGGAGGUACACGUCUAUGGGGCACCGCAGAACGACGACGACUACUACAACGGCGACCAGAAGAGGCGUGGUGGUGGCGGCGGCGGCGGCGGCGGCGGGUUCUUUGGUCCGGCCUUCCAUGCCGUCGGUCAUUUCGUUGAUCGCAGGUUCGGCCUCGACGACAGAAACUAAUCGAUCAUGCGCAUAUAUAUGGCUGAAUGCGCUGUCCAUGCAUAUAUGCAUGGAUGAUAGAGCGCGUCAAUCUAUCGAGCACUACACUACUACUACGUGCAGUGAUGUGUCUUGGAUAGUUUCGAAGUGUACCAGUGAUGUCCUUCCGUUCUGCGCAGUGAUGUGUGUGGUUUGUGCUGCAUCGUGUACAACAUGAUUUUAUCAUGCAGAUGUUGUAUAUAUAUGUAUAUAUGUAUGAAACUUAAUUA